GCGUGAGCAAGUACUACUAGUAUCUUCUAAACACCCAAAACUUCAUUCGAAAAAGAGAGAGCAAAACCGAGUAGAAAGACCAUCUCAUCAAUGAGGUCUUACAGUUCUCUAGUAAUGGCGUUAACUUGCGCCUUAGUGAUGGUUAUAGUACCUCAAGUAUUUGCAAAGAGAUACAUUGUUGGAGGAAAUAAGGGAUGGUCUCCCAAUGUUAACUACACUGUUUGGGCUAGUGACAAGCAUUUUUACUUCGGAGAUUGGCUCUUUUUCGUGUAUGACCGAAACCAGAAUAAUGUGCUUGAAGUGAACAAAACCAACUACGAGAACUGCAACACCGAUCACCCUCUGAAGAAUUGGACGACUGGAGCUGGAAGGGACGUUGUUCCACUGAAUGAAACAAGACACCGCUACUUUGUUAGUGGCGGUGGCUUCUGUUUUGGUGGAAUGAAGUUGUCCGUCAGGACAGAGAAGCCCCCUCCCCCUCCAAAAUCAGCCCCUAUUAAGAAUGCUGCUGCAAGUCCCUCUUACAGAUCUCACCUUGUAUUGCCUCUUGCAUUUGCUAUUGGUGCUGUUUGGGAUUCUUUCCUCCGAGUCAUGGGAUGAUCACUAUAUGAAAAAAGAUACUUCUAUAUUGUAUACUAAAGCAUGAAGUUAUUAGACUUAAAAAAAUGUUUUUUUUAUAUGAAGUUUGUAAAAUUUAUCCUUGUGUUGGUGUUUAAUUGUAAAAUUGCUUGUGAUAUUGAAUUGCCCAAGGCAGUUUGAUUACAUUUUCUAUUAUGAAAAAAGGCGCAUUAAUCC